AUGGACCACAUGUCCAUAAUAACACAGGUUUCCAAUCCAAAGGAAGAGGAAAUAUUGGCUUUUAAUCAAGAUAAAGGAUCCCAGUCAAAAAGCAGCCCCAAAAAGCAGAGGAAUCGCAGCAUCUUCAGCACAUUAUUCUGCUGCUUUCGAAAUUACAAUGUUGAGCCACCAGCCGCCAACUCGAACACCAGCGCCCUACCUCCACCAGUUGAGGAGAACGGAUCCCCUCCCAAGUGUGACCAGGUCGAGGUCAUCCCUGUCCCUAGUCCACCAGCCAAAUACCUCCUGCCUGAGAUGAUGAUUUCCGAUUAUGGCAAAAAGUGUGUCGUGAUAGACUUAGAUGAAACCCUCGUCCACAGCUCGUUUAAGCCAAUAAGCAACGCAGACUUCAUUGUUCCAGUGGAGAUUGAUGGUAUCGUUCAUCAGGUGUAUGUGCUGAAAAGGCCUCAUGUUGAUGAAUUUCUUCAAAAGAUGGGGGAGCUUUUCGAGUGUGUGCUGUUUACAGCAAGUCUUGCUAAGUAUGCAGACCCUGUGGCCGACCUGCUGGACCAGUGGAGCGUAUUCAGAGCGCGGCUCUUCAGGGAGUCGUGUGUUUUCCACAGAGGCAACUACGUCAAAGACCUCAGCCGGCUCGGACGAGAGCUGAACAACGUUAUCAUAGUUGACAACUCACCGGCUUCCUACAUAUUUCACCCGGAAAAUGCUGUCCCGGUACAGUCCUGGUUUGACGACAUGAAUGAUACAGAACUGCUGGACCUGCUUCCUUUUUUUGAGGGACUCAGCAAAGAGGAAGAAGUGUACAGCGUCCUGCAGAACCUCAGGAGCAGCUACACCACACCCUUCGGACUCAGGCAGACCCUCAUAAAGUGCCCCUUUUCGUCAUCGCCCACAAGGGGGGCCCUGGAGUGUCACUGUGGAAACUCCUGCUGGAGACUGGCCUUCGUCUUCUGA